GAUGUGCUGAAGUGGCCCAAUGGCAGUGGACUGACUCCACUGUUUGAGCUGUGAUUGGAUUGCGGCGUUGCUCCAGUCCGAAAAAACGGUGUGGCACAGGGGUGUGCAGAGUAAACCAAAGACCAGUAUUGUGUCUGGGAUUUUCGGCUUCGCAUUAAAUCAAGCGUAUAUGAUGAAGAUGGAGAUUAGGCCUCUGUUGAUGUGCUUUGCUCUGUGCGUGGUCUACGCCACCAGCAAACCCACAGAGAAGAAGGACCGUGUCCACCAUGAUGCACCGCUGAGCAGCAAGGAGCACGACGACGGCACAAACUUUGACUAUGACCACGACGCCUUUCUUGGGGAGGAUGAAGCCAAGACGUUUGAUGACCUGACUCCAGAGGAAAGCAAGAACAGGCUUGGUAAAAUUGUGGAGAAGAUUGAUGCAAACAAGGAUGGCUAUGUCACAGAGGCUGAGCUGAAAGCAUGGAUUAAAAAGGCUCAAAAGAAGUACAUCUAUGACAAUGUGGAAAGACAAUGGAAGGAUUUUGACAUGAAUAAUGAUGGACUGAUCUCCUGGGACGAAUACAAGAAUGUCACAUAUGGCACUUACCUUGAUGAUCCUGAGUCUGACGACGGCUACAACUACAAGCAGAUGAUGGCUAGAGAUGAACGGCGCUUCAAAAUGGCUGAUGGAAAUGGAGACCACAUUGCUGACAAAGAGGAAUUCACUGCCUUCCUCCAUCCUGAGGAGUAUGAGCAUAUGAAGGACAUCGUUGUGUUGGAAACGAUGGAGGAUAUUGAUAAGAAUGGUGAUGGUUUUAUCGACCUAGAGGAGUAUAUUGGUGACAUGUACAACCACGAGGAUGAAAUGGAUGAGCCAGAAUGGGUGGCGACAGAGCGAGAGCAGUUUUCAGAGUUUAGAGACAAGAACAAGGAUGGAAAGAUGGACAAAGAGGAGACCAUGGACUGGAUCCUGCCGUCCGACUAUGAUCACGCAGAAGCCGAAGCGAAGCAUCUGGUGUACGAAUCUGACACAAACAAGGAUGGCAAACUCACCAAAGACGAAAUACUCAACAAGUACGAUUUGUUUGUGGGAAGUCAAGCGACUGAUUUCGGGGGAGGCUUUAGUUCGACAUGAUGAGUUUUAAAAAAUUUUUCUAGUAUAAUAGAUAAUUACUUUUUAACUUGUUUUGGUAAAAGAAUAUAAUUUAUUUUAUAUUGCUUCAUCAUAACACAACACUAAUUCCUCAGAUUAAGUUCACUUGAUAGAUUGUUUUCCCUUUUUGCACAAGGAAAUGCAUUAAUGACUUUACAUAUUACGUUUUUUUUGCUGUAAAGUGCGUUAACAUUGUUUGUUUGAUCCGUCUUUGGAAUCGUGGUCAUUAUUAUCAUUUCAAUAGCUGUUUCUACCUGUUUUUUUUUAAUGUGAUGUGGUUUAUUCAGAGCUAGAUUCAAAGCAGUUUUAUACCUGUUGCACCUGAUCUAUGAUCAGCUCCCCCCUGCUGUUCACAGUCCUAUUCAUUAGGAUACUGAAAGUACGGAAACCUCUUAGAUAGGUAUAAAAUACAUGUAUAUAUUCACAAUGUAUAUGUGAAUAUGUAUAUAGUUUUAUACAUAUAAACUCACAUUUCUCUCCUGUGUGUAAUUGUCUUGGCACAAACAUAGAUUUUAGAACCAUGAUCUUCUAAAAGCAAUAUCCUGUUUUCCUUCCAUAUUUAUUAGACAAACUUGUCUUAUGCUGUCCUGCAUCCCAGAAUUUCUAUUAUUAAGAUGUUUGUUUUCUUAAAGACUCCCUGAUUUUGAACUUUAAUAGACACUUUCAUUGUGCCUUUUUACUGAAUUUUGAUUUGGAUCUUUAGUUAGGGUUAUAUGUCUUAAACCGCAAAUCGUUUUGAUUUGUAGGGUCCAAUUGAACUUGUUACUGAAUAGUCUGUUGCAUUCAGCUUCAUUUUUUUAAAUACACGGUCAAUUAUAUGAAGUUUGCAAUAUGUUUAUGUUACAAACACAGCAAUGUACUUUGUGGUCCAUUCGUUGACUUUUGAAUGCGUUUUAUUUUUUCUAUAUAAAAUAUUUUAGCACCCAGUGGUUUCAGGUGACUUCCUUCAAGUGGUGCCAUUUCAGCACCUAUAGACUGUAUCUUGAAAACAACAAAUUGUCAAUAAAACAAAAUUAUGA